CAAUUCCACAUCGGGAGCUAUUUGCGCUCGCUCGUCGAUCUUCUCGCUCGCUUGUCCCUUCCCCCCCACUCUUUGCAUUCAACUCCCUGCUCUCCACAUCAAGCAUCUCGCAAUUUGGCAUCGCUUGCUCUCAGGGUCACAAAUAGGCAACACGGAAGGAGCUCUCCACAUCAAGCAUCUCGCAAUUUGGCAUCGCUUGCUCUCAGGGUCACAAAUAGGCAACACGGAAGGAGGGGGAAUGUUCCAUUUUUAGUGUCGAUGGUUUGAAUCUGGAAGCUUUUCCGUAUUCGCACGACAAGUUUCAAAGGAUUUUGAGUAGUUAUCACCUCUCGAUGCAACUAAGGUGGUGGUGCGAAACGCUUGACAAUCGGAGUGGCUUUCCCUGGCAGCUGAGAUCGGUUGUAGUCGCGUUGCAGAUCGCUGUUCCAUUGGGUCUCCCAUUGAUUGCUCCGCGGAUCUGUGAUUGAUCAACCAUGACCUCCAUGACCGCGAUGAUGGUUGCAGCCGGGACACCAAUCUCGUUCUCUCGCCCGGCUCCUUCUGGACCCGGUCCAGCUCGUCUCGGUCACCACGGUGCAUCGAUUGCACAUCUUGGUCGUUCGCCACGUCUGUUCUGGACGAACGUCCAAUCUGCUCUAUCUUUUCCACCCGCUUGUCUUCUCUUGGGAGGAGCACUUUACUCCGCACUGCCCCUUAUUGUCACUAAGGCAUCUGCUUCUGGCUCACUGGAUGCGGAUAAUGGAGGAGGUGGAGCGGGGGGUUGGCAGGGAAGAGGUGGUGGUGGCGGCGGUGGGGGCGGGGGAGACGAAGGCAACGGUGAAUUCGACGACAAGAAUCACGAUGAUGAAGUCAGAGCAGGAAUCUUUGAAGCUUUUCGGAGGGGCUGGAGGGAGAGGGUGAGGGCAGACCCUCAAUUUGGCUUCAAGGUUUUCUCCGAGGUAGUUAUCGGCGUCGCAGCGUGUGUGGCCGGUGACAUGGCCUCACGUCCCAAUUUCGGCCUUAACGAGCUCGACUUUGUCUUCUCAACAAUCGUGGUAGGAUCCAUUCUCAAUUUUACCCUAAUGUACAUGCUUGCGCCUACGGCAGCCGCAGGUCAAGUCUCCCAGAAGCUCCCGCUUCUUUUCGCAGCCUGCCCUCCAGGGCACAUGUUCGAACCUGGAAAAUACUCUUUAUUGGAUCGCGCCGGCACUUUUGUAUACAAAGGCGUGCUGUUUGCGACCGUGGGGUUCGUCGCAGGGUUGGCUGGCACCGCGCUCUCGAACAUGCUCUUGUCUAUUCGGAAGAAGGUGGACCCGAAGUUUGAGAUCCAGAAUAAGCCUCCUCCCACGGUGCUGAACGCCUUGACGUGGGCGGGACACAUGGGACUGAGCUCCAAUGCGCGCUACCAAACCCUAAAUGGGUUGGAGUUCGCCUUGGCAGGCAUUUUGAAUCCCACGGCGUUCAAAUCCUCUGUGUUUGUGCUACGAGGAUUGAACAACGUGCUCGGGGGAAUGACUUUCGUCCUGCUGGCGAGAAAGACGGGAUCACAAAGUGCCCCGAGCCCUAAACCUGAUCUGGAAGACGCUCUUCUCGCUGAGAAGAUCAUUUGAUCAGCCACAUAGCAGGUCUCUGAUUUCAUCGCCUCAUGAAUCAAACCCACCCAGAUUCGCAAACGCUGCAACAAGUGCGUGCCCCUUGCUUGCUAGGAUCUGACACCAGCUCAAACCAUGGCGGUGGAUCGCAUAUCAUCAGGUGCCACCAAGUCUUUGCUCGACGUCCUUGUACCAGUGACGUCGACUUGAAGGGGUUAGAAAAGGCUCCGAGUGUGAUGAGUCAGGGACUGCAAGAGUGAUUGACUGAGCAUCGAGGUGGCUUUAUCAGUCAGUCGAAUUGAUUGUGUGUGAGGGAAUUCAUUAUUGGCGCAGCUUGCCUCGAAGAGACUGAGUUGCUGUGCUUAACCACAGCAUGAGUUUUCUGCUCUUUUGGAUUAAACGGUUUCGGCAAUCAACUUUCAACUUGCAAGUUGAUAGCUGAUUCUACCAGCUUCAUGGCUUUUGUUAUUAACAUCCAUUCAGGAUCUCGCGGCGUUCAGUGUAGAAUAGUUGUAAGAAUGUAGAAGUUUGUAGCAUUUUUGUGCACCCUAGAGUGUUGAAUCUGUCACUUGGUUGCACCGGGGUGGUUUACUUAUGUUCAUAUGAUCUGUAUUACAGUGGAGCAUGUGUAAAUUAUAGAUCUAUUGUAGGUCUGAUACAAUAUGUUUGUUGAGGGAAGUAAUGGAGAGAUAUAGCAUAGGUGAAGUACUGUACAUUAAGGAACUAGAUUGCAGAAGAGCUAAUUGACAUGAAUAAUGACUGUCCAGAAGUGUGGUCUGUGUAACAACUGGUUCGUAAUGAGACAUUUUUGUGUAUUGAGGUUGCGUGAU